AUGGGAAAUCGCAAGAUUGCAAUCAUCGGUGCAGGCCCAGCUGGCUGCCUAUUAGCAAGACUCCUUCAUCUUGCAGGCACUGAAGUCACGGUCUUUGAAGGAGAAGCACACCCCAACUUCCGGUCCCAAGGAGGUACACUCGACCUACACACAGCCACCGGUCUUGCAGCUCUCAAAGAAGCACAACUUUUUGAUGAGUUUCUCAAGCACGCUCGCUACGAUGGGCAGUACAUGGCCAUUGUCGACAAAAAUCUGGAAUACCACCUUGUUCGAAACGCAGUAGGGAAAUACAACAAGAUCGAAGAACGCCCUGAAAUCGACCGCUCUAGCCUUCGUGAGAUCUUGUCUCAAUCACUCCCUGAGGGUAUGAUAAAAUGGGGCUAUCAUCUCAAGAAGAUUGAGGGCCGAGCACUUGUCUUUGAUCACACCACCGUUGACGGAUUCGAUCUCAUAGUCGGCGCAGAUGGCGCUUGGAGCAAAGUACGAAAGGAGGUCGACCCAACUCUAAUACCGGAGUUCGUAGGCAUUGCAAUACAUGAGCUUGAAGUCAAAGAUGCCGAGAACAGAGCCCCUGAGCUAUGCAAGCUGGUCAACCGGGGUAGUGUCUUUGCCAGUACAGAUGGAAACCGCACAACGAUUCAGCAGAUGGGUGAUGGCAGUCUGAAUGUGUACUGCGGUUAUGUUACAGACAACGAAGACUGGGCUAAGGCCGAGAAUUGCGGCUUCGACCCUCAUAAUCUCAAGGAGACGACGCAGGCAUUGCUCAAUACGAGGUACAAAGACUGGGACCCUCGAUUGAAGCAGGCACUGGAAUUGGCAGAUGGACGAUGCAGCCCACGAUCACUCUACAUGCUUCCCAUCGGCAGCAAGUGGGAGCACAAUCCAGGCCUGACUCUCAUCGGCGACGCGGCGCAUCUCAUGACACCUUACGCCGGCGAAGGCGUGAAUCAGGCUCUCGACGAUGCAAUGCAACUUGCAAAGGCCAUCAUCAGAACAGCUGAUGAAGACGGCAAAGCGCUGGACAAGUCCAUCAAAUCUUUCGAAGACGACAUGUUCGCUAGAAUUGGCCCGAUCCAGGAACUCACUUGGGGUCUGUUACAGGACUGGAUGUUUACGCCUGGAGCUCCCAAGACUGUCAUGGCCAAGUCUAUGAGCAGACAUGUGAGACAUCGUCUACCGUGGGCGCUUCAACCGCUGGGUGUGGCGGCUGUGCAUGGUUAUUAUUUUUUGAAGGGUAAGAACUUGGUAAAGUAA